UCGAUUGCUGACAGUCCGGAUCUGGUGACACUGCCGCCGCUGCACUUGUUGCUCCGGACUUGUCACCGUCACCGUCUUUACCCUGCGCUGCCCCCGCGCGUACCCGCCCGAGGGUCCAGGAGUGGAUGGUUUAAAACACGAUACUAAACACGCGCGGGGACGGGACGGGGCGUCGGCAUGACGGACACGGUGACCGCCAACGGGGACGACAGGGACCCUGAGAUUGAGCUAUUCGUGAAGGCGGGCAUUGAUGGGGAAAGCAUCGGCAACUGUCCCUUCUCCCAGCGCCUCUUCAUGAUCCUCUGGCUGAAAGGAGUUGUGUUCAAUGUCACCACUGUGGAUCUGAAAAGAAAGCCAGCGGACCUGCACAACCUUGCCCCAGGCACCCACCCACCCUUCCUGACCUUCAAUGGGGAAGUGAAGACAGAUGUCAACAAGAUCGAGGAGUUCCUGGAAGAGACCUUGACCCCUGAAAAGUAUCCCAAACUGGCCGCGAAACACCGAGAGUCCAACACUGCAGGCAUCGACAUCUUCUCCAAAUUCUCCGCCUACAUCAAGAACACCAAGCAGCAGAACAAUGCGGCCCUAGAGCGGGGCCUGACCAAGACCCUGAGGAAGCUGGAUGACUACCUGAGCAACCCCCUGCCCGAGGAGAUCAACACCGACACAUGCGGGGACAGCAACAGGGGGUCCCGGCGCAAGUUCCUGGAUGGAGAUGAGCUGACCCUGGCAGACUGCAACCUGCUGCCCAAGCUGCAUGUGGUCAAGAUCGUGGCCAAGAAAUACCGCAACUACGACUUCCCCGCUGAGAUGACAGGCCUGUGGCGGUACCUCAAAAACGCUUACGCCCGGGACGAGUUCACCAAUACCUGCGCAGCAGACAGUGAGAUCGAGCUGGCCUACGCCGACGUCGCCAAGCGCCUCAGCCGGUCCUGAGCAGCGCCCUGCCCGCCUGCUGCAGAGGACGCUGCUCCCCCAGGGCACCGGCUUCACAGGCUCCACAGAUUCCUUUUCCUCGCUGCCUCUGGAACCUCUUCAUCAGGCCGCCCUUGCUGGCUCCCAGGAACUACUGCUUGCUAGCUUCGAAGGUUGGCUGCGUCCCCUGUCUGGAUGCCCAUGAAGCUGGUGGACAGGGAGGACAGAAACAGCUGCCUCUCACCUGCCAGCGGAGUCUGGGCCAGUGGAUCUGGGGUCGGUCUGGGGUCUACCAACGUCCUAACAUCUCUCAGAUGCUUCAGCAAGUGCAAGACCGGCUCCUCCAUAUCGGACGUGCAAGGCCAAGGACCCACGCUGCUCUAGUUAGAGUGAGUCUGCCCCUUGCUAGGGAAGGUAGAAGGUCCGGGAGGCCCCAGCCGGCCUGGCUUUGGGCAUCUGGGGACAUAUUUGCUGUCAGCUGCUCCAAGACCGGACUGCAAACUCCCUCCAGACAUACUGGCAAUCCACGCCCUCGGCCGACCAUGGCCUUCGCCUGUCGAGGCAUCAGGAAGGAAGCUGGUGUGCAGUUCCAAACUGGGUGACUGGCAUAGGGGAGGAGGGGGAGCACUGUUGGUGCCAAAAGGCCCCAGGGGUCUAUAGUCAUGGGUUUGCACAUUCGGCAGUGGUGUGUGGUGAGAUCGCAUGCCUGGCUUGACUGCAGGUCACCAAGUGGCUUCCGGUCUGUGAGGAAGGGGUGGGGUGGAGGGGGCAUGGGUGUGGACCAAGGAGUUCUUUAUGAGGCUCGGUGCCCCUGGUCAUUGUCAGACUGGCUCCUCUCUCACGAUCUAAGCCUUGGACUGCUGAUGUCACUAACUACCAACCUCAUAGUGAACACCCCAAACCUGGCCAAAAAUGUCUUUCUGGUCUCUCUGAGCUGCCCGUGGCCAUGGGUCUGCGGGCUGGUGCUCCCAAGGUUCCCUGGCAGCCCAUGGAAGAGGUGGAAUGGUGGUGGGACAUCUUUGCAGAAAGUCAUGGGCCAUCCUGACCCAGAAACCAUAGGGUGUGAACUGGAAGAAACACAGGUCCCCAUCUGGAUUAACUUUCCAGACUGCUAGAUGACAGAGGGCAGCGGUGUUCCUGCUCAUUGUCCUCCGUAGUCCUUUCCCCUGCCUGUCACCUCCUGGCCUUCCUCCUGCACAGAGGAAACAGAGAGAAAGGGACUAAGUCUCAGCUCCUCUUGGGGGAACUCUGUGAAGAAACCUCCCCAACCCCUCCCUCCCUCUGUGCUCCGAGAGGAGGGCGAGGAUCCUCCUGACCCAAGGGAAAGCACCCUGCUGGGGAGAACAGGAUGGCCAGGUCCUUUACACAGAAACAGCAAUGAAUCCCAACCCACACACUCAUCUGACGCACUGACCCCAGGAAUCUCCACAGAAAAAGUGACCCACGAUGAAACCUGGGGCAGGGAGUGGGGUGGGGGGAUAUAUUCCUGCCCCCCAUGAAGAAGAGGAUGCCGUCAGCUGGACAUUCCUGUCCCCCACCAGAGAAGCCUUCUGCACCCAUGACGACGACGUCUAAAAGGAAGUAGGUGGCAGCUGUCCUGGGCACUGCAGAGAGAAAUCCCACACCAGCCUUGGAGAUAAGAGCACAAGGAUCCUGAAGGCCUUCUCAGUAGAGUGAGUUCCUAGCAUCCUCGAGCCUCCCCGGAACCCGCAGUGUGGUGAGAUGACUUCCAAGUGGCUGGGUCCUGGGGACUGACCCGAUACCUGGAACCUAUGAAGUCUAGAAACAAAUGAGCCAAACCAAGUCAAUGUUGUCCCUGGGCGCUCCUCCUGGGACUGAGUUAGCUCACGGAAACAGCAGUAUUAGGCACAGUAGGGGGUAUGAUAGAGCCACUAUGAGUCUUCUGAAGGCAGGCAGGUGUUAUGGAGAGAAGACGCUUGAUUCAGAAAUGUCUUUUCGUUUCAGCUGUAAGGUAUAUAAUACAACUAACUGACUGUAGAUUAGAGUCCUGAUGUCAUCACACUAAGUAAAAUAACAAUACUAUUAGUAAUAUCACCUUCUGAUUUUUUUGUCCAAACCCUCAGGCCCUUCUGGGCACUGGCCUUAAUCUUGCCCCAUGGCAUCCUCCAUGCUGUGUGACCCUUUUUGUCCCAAGGACUCUGCAGCUCAGAGUCCCAGGGGAGACAAUCUAUAAUCGGUCCCGGAGAAUACAUUAGGCAGCUCAGAGAGGGCGUCAUUUGUGUUGAGGUCGUAUUUUCUUUUGUAUUUUUCUCUCCUUUGGCUUUCACAUCUCCAUUUUGGGCGGAGGGGCAGAGCAGAGGCUGAGAACUAGAGUCAAACUCAGCCUUACAGAGUUGAAUUCACCCCUGCUCAGGACAGCUUAUCUCUGCAUGUGGCUGAGAGGAGUGUUGGAUUCAGUUUUAAUAACUCUGCAAGAUGAGCUGGAUCAAUAUAAUCCUGACUGAACCAGAGCACAGUUCCUUUAUCUCCUGACAAAGGAAGGCAAAUGCCGAUGAAUUUGGAAUCACAGACAGGAGUACGAAUCUCUUCUAGCCGCCUGGUGGCAGGCAAAGCAGCAAAAACGGGGCAGAUGCUUGGCCACAGGAUCUCAAGUUCAGCUUCCCAGGAAAGGCCACCUCCUCCCUCCUCAAGCUGCUGGUGCCAGAGAGGAGCGGGGCUUGAUCUUCUUGCAACACCAGAAGUGUCUUCUGGCCAUUCUCUGAUGGAGCAAGGGAGCCCUUCAUUGCGCCUGUGCUACUCAGUGGUCACACUGCAGUUGACAAUACCAAGCAUCUUAGGGCAGUCACAAGAAGGAGCAGACCCAGGUGGUCUAAGAGCUCCACGAGUCAGCAAGGCCUACACACAGAAUUGGGAAGGAGGCAGAGACAGGAAGGUCUCUCUGGAGCAAGUUUAUCAUCACUAUGGCAGUCUGUCCAAGGGUCUAGAAGUAACAGGCUUGCAGUAGCUGCAUCUGUGUUCACCUCCACCCUCAGGGGCCAGGGGCCAGCUCAACAAAAUGCUGGUGUUGUUCCUUGGAAACCCAUGGUUAAAAACUAAGCUCAGUGUUCUCAGGGGGUCACUUUCUUAGGUCCUUUAUGACAUUAAGAAGUUUAAGAAACCAUUAGAGAAGGGAAUGUAGGCAUGAAUACCCAGUCGGUUCUGACACCAGCCCCUCUGCACCCAGGCCCGGGCCUUGCAUCUGCUGCUGUCCCCUGUUCAGACCACACAGUCCAUGUCCCCUCACGAAUACCACUCUUUUCCCUUCCCUGUAUCCCUCCCCAGCCUAGCUGCAGAGACUCAAGUCUCUUAAUCCGAUAUGACCCAAACUGCCCAUAAUCUUAUUUAAUGUUCUUUAAAGAAAUAGAUUUGAUUCCCUGUGCUAACCAAAAGUAAAUGAAAUAUUGCCUCUGUGGAAGGUUUGGGCUAACUUGUAUUUCUAUUAAUGCAAUCUGAUUUUUGGCAAAACACAGUUUUAAAGAUCUAAUUCGUCUAAGGCAUUUUGUAUAUAGUUAGAGGUUUCACAAUAUUAACUAUGCAUAUAUUUAAAAUAUAAAUUAUCCCGCUGAUGUUUGAAUUUGCCUUUUUUUUCCUGGCCUCUUAGUUGUACCAUUUUCUAAGCUGAGGAGUUAACUGAUUUAGUAAGAGAUGCCUAGCUUUUGUAAAAGAACAAGCAUUCAUUUAAUAAAUACACUCCGAAUGAUGGUUACUAGAUUUCCCUGAGACCUGUAACUGUGGUGAUAAAAUAACAGGCCUUGCUUUCCAGCCUUAAUGAAUAUAAAAUGCCUUUUAAUGAAGAUAGAGCUGAGUGCUUUCCUCAUGACUCUGGAGCAAUUAUAAAUUUGUUUCCUGGUCUUGAUCAGAAUGAACUGAUUUCAAAUAAAGUUGGUUUAUUUUCAAAUAUUACAAACCUGACCAUCAGCCUUCUUAUUUAAAGUGGGGA